AUGCCAUCGACGGUGUCCAUUCCGCCGAAUGAUACGACCCCGGAACAGGCUCCUGCAAACAUGCAGGACCGCAUCAACAAGCUGGAAAAUCUGGUCUUGGAUUUGAUGCACCAAGCUAGCCCAAGCUCCCGCACAUCACCGAUGCCAGUUGCACAACAUUCCCCCUCUGAGCAAGGCUGCCCGUCCGCUACGCACCUCUUGCGAUUGGAUACAGAAUCGGAGACGGUGGCUGUGUCCGAAUCGCGCCGUGAUGUGUCGCCGUCACCUUCAGAUUACGGAAGUUUCAGGCAUAAAGAAAAAGUAGUCAGCUACGUCAGCAGCUCACACUGGGCCGCAGUACUCGACAGCAUUACCGAUCUUCGCAAUCAUCUUGCGCAGGAGGAGGAUACCACGCUACAAGACGCGGAGUUGGCGCGGCCACAGACCGAAAUCUUGAAGCCGCAGCUAUUUUACAGCGGCGGACACUUGGAUGGCACAAUUACCUCCAUCAUCAGAUGCUUACCACCUCGUCCUACUAUAGACCGGCUUUUAUCUCGUUAUUUCAAUGACCUUGAUAUUGCCCCUGGUGUUGUCCACAGUGGUCAAUUUCUCGCCGAGUACGAGGAAUUCUGGCAGGCUCCCGAAAGUGCACCAAUCGCGUGGAUUGGCCUCUUGUUCAGCAUUAUCUGCCUGUCGACGCAUCUCCAGCAAGCAUCCCAAACGCAGCCUCCAGUACUGCUGGUUCCAUCCGAGUCGGGCCACCAAAGGAAAAUUUCUCAGCUCGCAGAGAACAAGCGACUGAUUGAUCUAUACAAAUCCCAAUCCAUCAAGUGUCUCUUGCUUUGCCAAUGGACAAAAGGCGGGCCAUACGUACUAGAAACGUUGAUUCUUUACUUCCUGGUGGAAUGCUUCCACCUCAAGGACAUGGAAAUCGGGAUAUGGGUCUUGGUAGGCAAUAUUGUGCAGAUUGCGAUACACAUGGGCUAUCACCGAGAUACGAAACAUUUUCCAUCCAUCUCCCCUUUUGCGGGUGAAAUGCGCCGACGGGUCUGGGCCAUGAUCCUGCAGCUUGACUCUAGUGUUUCGGCGCAGCUCGGCCUGCCCAGACUUAUCAGAGAGCAGCAUGCAGAUACGGAAAAGCCAAGGAAUUUGAACGAUAUGGAUUUCGAUAUCAACACAACCAAAUUGCCGGAAUCAAGACCCGAAACCGACGUCACCCCAACUCUAUACGUUCUGGCCAAGCUGCGACUACUUGAUGUUGGAGCCAAAGUUGCCGACAUGGCCACCGAACCCCGACCGCAUUCCUAUUCCGAUAUUUUAAAACUCGACCAAGAGAUUUCGGAAGCCCGAGAUGCCCUGCCGUCCAUAUUAAAAUGGACCGGGCUCGCACUCAAUGUUUCCUCCCAGAUCACGAUCCAGCGAAUCUGGCUCGAAGUCAUCUGCCAACAGCUGCGAAUCGUCCUGAACAAAAAGUUUUUGGAUCCUUCUCGCCCACAGCAACAAUUUGGACACUCGAGGUCGGCCUGUUUAUCGGCAGCGAUGAAGAUAUUGGAGCUACAGCGGCUAGUUGACGAAGAAACCCAGACAGAUGGUCUGCUCUAUCAAAGUCGCUGGAGAGUAUCGUCCGCCUUUAACAACGAAUUCCUCCUGGCUACAAGUGUUUUGUGCUUCUAUAUGAAGACUUGCAAUAAGCAGCAGAAGGGGGGUAUGGAUGUUGCUACAGAGACUGGGGAUUCCGGCAACAUCAAGGGAGCUUUGCAACAGGCGCAACAAAUUUGGAUUCGCCAAUGCGCAGGUUCAAAAGAGGCUAGGAAAGCCGUAACAGCCUUGCACCAUGUUCUAGGGCCUACAGACGCAAAUAUAGACCUACCAUCGGACUACGAGACGCAGAGCAUUUCGACACCCUCGUUUCUAUCCGCUACAGCCAUCUCGAAUUUUCCAGAAUUUAAUUUUAGCAACGCGACUUCCGGCUCCGUUGACGGAUUCAACUGGCAAGGAUUACCAGCUGAGGGGGUCCAGAACCACGAAGACUGGGCCGGAGCAGGCGACAUGGAGCAAAUGGACUUUUCGUCUUGGUAA